AUGCGCAGGGUGAUUGGCCACGACGGUCCGAGUGGCGACGCUGGGCGGCCUCGGGGCCACAGCAUCUGGUUAAACUGCCAGGGCCAGCAGAUCCUCGCGGCGCCGGAGCAGCUUCGCUGGGCUACGCCGGAGGAUAUCCUCGCCUGGAACAUCCCUGGGGACGUGGCGAAUGAGGUCGGUGCUGAGCAUCGGACGAAGGUCACUUACGCGGACGUGCGCUGGAAGCCGACCUUCCCCGAGGAGGCCAAGGAGAACGAGGAGCACGCGGACGCCGGCAGGCAGAUCCAAACGCCAACGCGACUGGAAGAGCUGGAAGCCAAGACGGCGCUCAUCGCGGAGGGCCAGAACCACGAGGCGUGUGACAGGCUGUGGAUCCGCUUGCUGGCCAAGCGCAGCGGACAAAUCAAGAUGGCGUACGCGGCGAAGGCUGAAGGCAUGCCCGUCAGCAAGACUCUGGAGAAGCAGCUCGGGAGACGUAAGGGUAAGCCUGGACGCCGUGAGCUCAGGGAGCGAGAUAUCCCGAAGCACUUGAAGGAGGCGCUUGAUGAGGCCAAGAAGAAGGAAUGGAGCAGUUGGUUGUUCUACGAUACGGUCGAAAUCCUCAACGCGAAGCAGGCGAUGCGCACGGACGAGAACAACCUGCCCGUCAAGCUGAAGGCGAGACUUGUGGUGCUGGGCAAUCUGGAGAAGGACUCCGACUACCCGCGGGGAUCGCUGCUGCGUGCGAACGUCCCAUUCUAUGGCCCGGGCGACGCCGCGCGCGGGUGGUGGAAGAAAGCCCACAAGAGUCUCCUCGCCGGCAACUGGAAGAUGAGAGUCCUGGAACUGGCGCUGUUCUAUCUGCGGCACGAUGGCUACGGCAAGGACUACGAGGAGAGCCUCAAGACCCUUCAGAGCCUGGUGGAUUUUGACCAGGACGAGGUCCUGAAGUUGCAGCACUGCGGCAAGACGAUCGAGCAGAGCAGCGACGCGACUGUGGAGAUUGGGCAGAAGGAAUGCGCCAAGAGCAUCACCCAGAUCCAGAUCGCCCCGAGCUGGAAACGUCUCAAGGCGGAGCCCUAUCGCAGCCAGCAAGGGCGAGUGGUCGCACUCGACGAGAACGGCAACACGAGGAUGUACGUCAUAGAGUGGAAGAGUCAGGCCGAGAAGCGAGUCUGCAGGAACACCCUGGCGGCCGAGACGUAUGCACUGGCCAAAGGCACCGGGAUGGCGGAUUGGCUCAGGUCGGUGUUGCUCGAGAGCCGCGACACCGAGUUCCACAUUGCCGAGUGGGAGAGUCGAACGAAGGAGAUCCAUGCACAGUGGAUGUGCGAUGCCAAGAGCGUGGUGGACCACCUGAGCAAGGACGUGGGUACGCCCCAAGACAAGCGUGUGGGCACCGAGCUCGCGGCGCUGAAGCAGCUACUGGCGCGGGGUGGAGAUGAGCUACGGUGGGUGGACACCAGCGUGAUGCUGGCAGACCCUUUGACCAAGGGAGAUGCGCUGGACGACGAGGUCCUCCAGCGGGUGUUGUGCAGCAGCGAGUACAACAUCAACGCCAGCACUGAGAUGAAGGAGUUCAAGGGCCGUAAGGCGGCGAUCUUUAAGACAAGGCGCAAGGCAGGCUCAGCCGGAGCCGAGACGAAGCAGCAUGCGAGCUCAGGCGGAGAGCAGGAGGCCACACGUGAGUGA